AUCAACAGACGACACUGUUGAUGAAGCGUCGAAAAAUUGAAUUGCAAAAUAAAUUUAUAAACAUAUAUUUAAUGUUUUUAUGUGAAUAAUUCAAUGCAGUAAAGAAUGCAGGUUAGUUGAACUAGUCAAAGAAGUUUACUUAUCUUAAAAAUGAAAAUGAAAAAAAUGAAACAGAAACUUGUUAAAUCAUCAGGAAAAAAGACAAUGGCAGUUAAUACAAAAAAGAAAACAAAUUUGAGCAAAUUAACUACGAAAGAAUUCUUUGAGCAAGAUUUUGAAAAUAAUGGAGAUAGUGAUAUACAUGAUAGUGAUGAAACAAGUAAAAACACAGAUGAAGAUGAUGAGCUUGAUAGUGAUAUUAAUAGGGAUAGCGAUCAUAGUGAGAGCAACUUGAAUCCUGCAGAACAUAAAAAAUUAUUAAUGAAAUUGCAAGAUACUGAUUUUUACAAAUAUAUUAAAGAAAAUGAUAAAAAUUCUUUGGACUUUGGAAUAUCAGAUGAUGAUGAUAAUUCUUCAGUAGACUUGGAUGAUGCAUACAUUUCUGAAGAAAAUUUAGAGGUUGCUAGCUACGAUAGUGAUCUUUCAUUAGAAGAAAUCGAAAGUAACUCUAAAAAAAUUACUAUGCAAUUAUUGAAAACUUGGCAACAAGAAAUACAAACUGAUAAAUCAAUUGAUACUAUUAAAUGUGUUAUAGAGGCUUUUCAUGCAGCUUUGAAUAAUGUCGCAGUAUCGUCAGAUACAACUACGCAAUAUAAAAUAGAAGGAAGUGCAACAUUUAACAGUGUGGUACAAUUAUGUAUAACACAUUUGCCUGAUGCAUUUAAACGUAUUUUGAAACUGGAUGCAGAAUCGCAGAAACCACAUAAAUCUAGAAAAUUUGAAAAAAUACAAAAUGUUUUGAAAUUGUACUUAUCAGAUCUGAUUAAAUUAUUGCAAAGUAUAGCAUUGUCCAAUAGUGCUAUUCUCACAGUGCUUCUAAAGCAUCUUCGUCAAAUGUUGCCUUACUUUCAAUCAUUCUCAUCUUCAAUUAAAUCAUUGUUAAAAAUCUUAUUAGAGCUGUGGUCAAGUGGAGAAGAAACUGUUCCUGUUAUAGCCUUUUUAAAUAUUUUGCAUAUUGCAACUAGCAAAGAAUUUAUACUUGAAGAAUUAUUAGAGACUAUGUAUGAGAAAUACGUUCAAACUAUGAAAUUUAUUUCACUCAAUAUAUUACCAGGAAUAAAUUUCAUGAGGCAAUCUUUACUCGAGAUUUAUCUGCUUGACCAUAAUAUUUCGUAUAGUCAUGCCUUUUUACAUAUUAGGCAAUUAGCGAUUGAUUUAAGAAACGCUGUAACAUUAAAGAACAAGAAAAAUCUUCAGGCUGUAUAUAAUUGGCAGUAUAUAAAUUCCUUGCGCUUUUGGACAGAAUUAAUAACCAAAUCAAAGGAUAAAUCAAUGUUACGAUCGCUGUUAUAUCCUUUAGUUCAGAUUAUUAUAGGAACAAUAAAAAUUAAUCCAACUGCGCAAUAUUAUCCAUUGCGAUUCUAUUGUUUAGAAAUGUUAAUAACUAUUUCUAAAGAAACCGGAACGUUCAUACCUAUUUUGCCAUUUCUUCUCGAGAUACUGGAGUCUUAUGAUUUUAAUAAAAGGCAUAAAACAGUUAUGAUGAAGAUGAAACCUAUAUCCUUUGAUUGCAUUUUGAAAGUAUCAAAAUCACAAUUUAUAGAAAAUGGCUUCACAGAUGGUAUUAUUGGAACUAUUUAUCAUCUUAUACUGGAGCAUGCGGCGAGUGAAAGUCAUAAAAUAUAUUUUCCAGAACUCUAUACACCUUAUAUAAUACAGUUAAAAGAAUUUCUGGAGAAAUGUCAUGUAGCAAUUUAUUGCAAGAAAAUGAAACUGCUUCUAAAUAUGAUUGAAGAAAAUAGAAAACACAUCGAGACCGAGCGUAGUAAAGCAACAAUAGAUUUAAAAAGUAUGGCAGAGAUUACAAAUUGGGAAAAUAGAAUGAAGACAGAUGGCACAGCAAUAGCCAAAUUCUAUUCUUCUUACGUUAAACUUCGUGAAACCCAAAAGCUUAAACUUCUUACGAAGAACGAAGAAGAAUUCAACAUAUCCGUUGGGAGAAAAUCAAUGAAACAUAAAUUAGAUGAGCAAAAUGAAGAAAAUAGCGAAGAAGAUGAGUUUAAAUUUCAGGUGAAAGAAACGGGAUCUGAAAUAAGAGCAAAUAAACAAUUGAAUAAGAAAAAAGCCAAUAAAAAGAAAAAA